AUGGCUUUGGCUUCGGGAGCGCGGCCGCCACACCGAUGCUCUCUCGUCCGAUGCUUUGCUUCACGCUUUGUCAGCGCAGUCUUGCUCAAUAUAUCUCCCUCGGGCGCCAUGACGGUCUACGAGCCUCGUCUCCCACCUCUCCCACUCGUCUUUGUUUGUCAGGACGAUGAGUCAUCGUCGCCUUUGCAGAUCCGGCGCUGGCGGAGCUUUUCAGGUUACGUGCCCUACGAGCUGAGCUAUGAGGAGCCUCAAGAGGCCGUAACCGUCUGGCCAGACACCGAUGACGAAGAGCUCUGGCAGGACAGGAUGUCAGCAGUCAGAGCCUACUCUGCAGGGAUGAUUGAUGCAGCUUGCGCCAGCCGCACGGCUGAUCAGUGA